AUGAUGAAGCAGACGAUCCAGAUCUAUGCCCGGGUGAAACCCGUGGGCAAGAGGCAGCCCCCCGGGAUAUAUUCAGUUGAUGAAGUUGAGACAUCAGCAUUUGGUCUGGAGAUUAUUGUGCCACGUGAUUUGGCAGAUGGAUUUGUCAAUAACAAACGAGAAAGCUACAAGUUUAAAUUUCAGAAAGUAUUUGAUCAGGAAUCAAAACAAGAUGAAAUUUUUGAAACCAUUGCCAAGCCAGUUGCAGAAUGUGCUCUAGCUGGCUAUAAUGGAACUAUAUUUGCCUAUGGACAAACAGGCAGUGGCAAGACUUUUACCAUCACUGGGGGAGCAGAACAUUUCAGUGAUCGGGGGAUAAUUCCACGGACCCUAUCUUACAUAUUUCAGAAGUUGCAAAAGGAUAGCAGUAAAGUAUAUACCACACAUAUUUCUUACUUAGAAAUUUACAAUGAGUGUGGUUAUGAUCUGCUAGAUCCACGGCAUGAAGCCUCCAAUCUAGAAGACCUACCAAAGGUGACAAUAAUGGAGGAUCCUGAUCAGAACAUUCAUCUGAAACAUCUCUCUUUGCAGCAAGCAACCAAUGAAGAAGAAGCUCUGAAUCUGCUUUUCUUAGGUGACACAAACAGAAUGAUUGCAGAGACUCCAAUGAAUCAAGCCUCCACACGUUCACAUUGCAUUUUCACCAUUCACAUCUCAAGCAAAGAACCAGGAUCAGCAGUCAUUCGGCGCUCCAAACUACACUUAGUGGAUCUGGCUGGUUCAGAGCGUGUUGCAAAGACUGGAGCUGGAGGCCAGCAGCUGACAGAGGCCAAAUAUAUCAAUCUGUCUCUUCAUUAUUUGGAGCAGGUAAUCAUUGCUCUGUCAGAAAAAAACAGAUCUCACAUUCCAUAUAGAAACUCCAUGAUGACUUCAGUGCUAAGAGACAGCCUAGGAGGGAAUUGCAUGACAACAAUGAUUGCAACACUCUCAGUAGAAAAAAGGAACAUCGAUGAAUCUAUUUCAACCUGUAGAUUUGCUCAGCGAGUUGCUCUUAUUAAGAAUGAAGCUGUUCUAAAUGAAGAAAUUGAUCCUAGAUUGAUGAUUAUGCGUCUGAAGAAGGAAAUCCAGGAAUUAAAAAAUGAAUUGGCCAUGGUGACUGGUGAUCAAAGACUUGAAGAACUCUCACAAGAAGAGCUGCUAGAAUUAGAUGAGCAAGUUAAAGAAUUUUUGGAAGAUACUGAUCCUGAAAGCAUGUUGGAAAUUGGGGCUGAUAUGCGGAAGAUCAAAUACUGUUUCCGCCACUUAAAGAGACUGGUAAAUGAUGCAAAACUUCCUGGCAACCAUUUACUUGCACCAGAUACUCAGGGAGAUAAAAGUGCUGGUACUGUAAUUGGCAAUGAAGAGUUAAGGAAACUGAAGGAUCUUUUGCAGCAACGAGAUAAUGAAAUCAAUAUUUUAGUAAAUAUGUUAAAGAAGGAAAAAAAGAAAGCACAAGAUGCCCUUCUUCAACUCAGUGCUUCAUCCAAGGAAAUCUCAGCCACAGAAAGUUCAUUUCAUCUGAAAAGUGUGGAAAAUGAGCAGAUGUUGCCUGUCAUUUCGGAAACUAAAUCUAGUUCUCACCCCAAGAGCCCAGGAGUGGGAAAAGAAAUGUCACUUGGACGCCAAGAAGCCUUUGAAAUUUUCAAAAGAGAUUAUGCAGAUAGCAUAACCAUUGAAGACAAUAAGCACGUCCUUAAACAAAGGUUUGCUGAUGCAAAAUCUUUGGGACAAAAAGUAAACGAUAUAAGAAAUCAAAUCAAUCAUCUGAAAGAAGAGAUAACCCAGCGGCACAUGCAAAAGGUGGCCCAAGCCGUAGUCAGUCCUCGAGAAAUUAAUCAACCUGAUCCAGUAGAAGAGGCACUUCGAGCACAAAUUGAACAGAAGAAAAUAAGUUAUAAAACAAUGUUUACUCACUUGAAAGGGCUGAAGAUAGAGAUUGAACACUUGCAGCUCCUUAUGGAAAAAGCAAAGCUGAAGCUGCAAAAAGACUUUGAAGCUUGGUGGUCUGAAGAAACAACAAGUUUGCAGAGCCAAGAAGAAAAGCCACUUUUGCAGAAUUCAGCUGGUGUCUUAAAGACUCCUUCCUCGCUUUUUGAAAAUCAGCUACGUUCAUGUAAUAUCAGGGUUCCAAAUAACAGCAGAGCCAGCUCCAACGAAGAGUCAUCUGGGAAGAUCAGUGUGAGCAGACUCAGCAACUCACCUUCAAAAGCAAGGAUUUCACCAAAUCCAAGUUCUACCAUCCCCUUCACAGGAGAUCGUCAAACUGAUGCUGAUAUUAUAGCUUUCAUUAGAGCUAGAAAGAACCUCUUACAUAAAAAAGGUAAGCCUUAUUAA